AUGUCAAAAAUAUUUCUUAGUGGGGGUAGCGGAUUCUUAGGAUCUAAUUUGAUUAAAACAUUAUUAACUUCACCAUCUAAAUAUCAAGUUAUAACUUCUGUGCGAUCAGAAGAAAAAGGAAAUAAAUUAUUAGAAAAUCUUGAAAAUGCUAAGAUAUCAACAGAUAGAAUUUCUUAUGAAAUAGUUGAAGAUGUAGGAGGAUCAAAUUCAUUUGAUGAAACUUUAAAAAAACAUAAAGAUAUAGAUGUAUUUUUACAUACUGCUGCUCCAUUCCAUUUUAAAUCAAAAGAUGUUCAGAAAGAUAUUAUAAAUCCAGCAGUAAAUGGAUUAAAAAAUGCAUUACAAAGUGUUGAAAAAUAUGGAGAUAAUAUAAAAAGAUUUGUAUUAACUUCAUCAAUAGCAAGUGCAGGAGUAGCUAAUCCAAAAUCAAAUAAAGAUACAAAAUUUAAUGAAAAAACAUGGAAUGAAAUGACUGAAAAAGAUGCUAUAAAAAAUCCACUUUUAGCUUAUUAUUAUGCAAAAUUAGAACCAGAAAGACUAUUAUGGGAAUAUACUAAGAAUAAAAAACCAAAUUUUGCAGCAACAACAGUUUUACCAGCUAUGAUUUUUGGACCUCAAGCUUUUCCAAUAGGAGAUAGAAAAGAAUUAAAUACAUCAUCUGAAGUUAUAAAUAAAAUAUUAAAAUUACAAUCAUGUUCAAAAUUACCACCUGGUGAAGGAUUAUUUAUUGAUGUAAGAGAUGUAUGUAAAUCAAUAAUUGAUGGUUUUGAAAAAGAAAAUACAAAAGAUAAGAGACUCUUGUUAUAUUCUGGUUCAUAUAAUACUCAAAAAAUAUUAAAUAUUAUAAGAGAUAAUUUCCCAGAAGUUAGUUUAAUGUUACCAGUUGGUAAACCAGAAAAUGGAGAUAAAGAAGAUCCAACUAUUAAAUUUUGGAGUAAUGAAGAAACUAGAAAAAUUUUGGGUUUUGAAUUUAUUGAUUUAGAAAAAUCUGUUGAAGAUUCAGUUGAACAAAUAUUAGAAGUUAAAAAUGAUAAGUAG